CAAAAAGCAGCAAGCAUAGCACGUGUAGGCCGGCAAAUUGGUGUGCGGUAGUUUUGGAUCUUAUAUCGUAAAAUUAAAUUAAUUUUAUUGAUUUUAAUCAAAUAAAAGUCAUCGACAUGAUCUGUUUCCUUUGAUUGGGAUGUUUUGUAUUGAAAAACAAAGUCAAGUUAAGCCUUGUUUGUGCAUCUUCAAUCGGUAGUCUAUUCCUCCUCGGAUGCAAAUAAUAAAUAAAGUAUUUACGUCUGUAAAACACUGAUAACCCCCAGCAAGGAAUCGUAGAGGAAGCCCAGUAACAAGUAAGCAGCGUAGAACGUACAGACAGACAGACAGACAAACCUGUUCACUGUGUAGGUUACUUGCCAUCGAUCCAUAUUCCAUCGAAUUAAAUCAACAGUUGGUAGGCGACUGCUGCGGAGUGUUGACGAUUCAAAUUUGAUUGCAUUUAUUACAUACUAAUCUAUUGGAGAAGCAAGACCGUAUAAUGGCCAUAAUUCGUUUUUUUACAACCGAGGCCUGUGAUGAGGUCCAUCGUCUGAAGUUGUUGAAACUACUGAAAGCGAAUUUUUCGAACGUUAAUUCCGUGCAAGUGGAAAAAUGCUAUCACGUGGAAACAACCACAUCUCUGGGUGAAAAAUCCAAAAAUUUACUUAAAUGGUUGCUGAAGCAUCCUCAGGGCGAAGAAAAGAGUUUAUGCGAAGCAUCCCAGCUGCCCAAGGAGAACAAGGAAACUGUUCUAAUAGAAAUUGGACCACGUUUUAAUUUCUCUACACCAUUUUCAACGAACUGCGUUAAUAUUUGUCAAAAUGUGGGUCUGGAUGAAGUCACUCGGCUAGAAGCCUCCGAUCGUUAUUUGAUCGGCUUUACCGGUGCCCAACCAAAUGUUGAACAAUUAGUUGAAUUACUCAGUGAUCGUAUGACCGAAUGUCGUUACACCAAGGAUAACUUGCCGGUCAACAGUUUUAACGAACAGUUGCCACAUUCGCAAGAAUCUUGGUAUAAAGUACCGGUUUUGGCACAGGGCCGCAAAGCGCUGGAGGAAGUUAAUGCUAAGCUCGGUCUGGCUUUUGGUGAUUGGGAUUUGGAUUAUUAUACGAAUCUUUUCAAGAAUAUUCUCGGCAGAGAUCCAACCACAGUCGAGUUGUUCGAUUGUGCCCAAAGUAAUAGUGAACAUUCGCGUCAUUGGUUUUUCCGCGGUAAAAUGAUUGUUGAUGGUGUGGAACAACCACAGUCGUUGAUACGCAUGAUAAUGCAUACACAGAAUAACUCGAAUCAAAAUAACACCAUUAAGUUCAGUGACAACAGCAGUGCCAUUCGAGGCUUUAAACAUGUGACGGUGCGACCUCAAUGUUUUGAUGGACCCGGUCCCAUGUCAUUGGUAACGGUCGAUAAUGAUUUAAUUUUCACCGCUGAAACGCAUAACAUGCCAACUGCUGUGGCACCUUUUAGCGGCGCCACCACUGGCACUGGUGGUCGUUUGAGAGAUGUUCAAGGUGUUGGCAGAGGUGGUAUACCAAUUGCCGGUACGGCUGGUUAUUGUGUUGGCUGUUUGAACAUUCCAGGAUUUUCCCAACCCUAUGAGAAUGCCACCUACGAGUACCCAUCCUCGUUUGCCAAACCUCUCAAAGUCUUGAUCGAAGCAAGUAAUGGGGCCUCAGACUAUGGCAACAAAUUCGGUGAACCAGUCAUCACGGGUUUCGUUAACUCCUAUGGCCUAACUAAUGCCCAGGGCGAGCGGGAUGAGUAUGUAAAACCAAUCAUGUUUAGUGGUGGCAUGGGUACCAUGGAAUCUAGCAUGCGUCAGAAAUAUGAUCCCAAAAAAGGCAUGCUCCUGGCAAAGAUUGGUGGUCCAGUUUAUCGCAUUGGUGUGGGCGGUGGUGCUGCUAGCUCCGUUGAGGUACAAGGUUCCAAUGACUCUUCGCUGGAUUUUAAUGCCGUGCAACGAGGUGAUGCCGAAAUGGAAAAUAAACUAAAUCGUGUUGUGAGGGCCUGUAUUGAAAUGGGCGAAAAUAAUCCCAUUAUUGCCAUACACGAUCAGGGUGCUGGCGGCAAUGGCAAUGUUUUAAAAGAAUUGGUUGAGCCUGGUUUUGCUGGCGCCGUCAUCUUUUCCAAAGAAUUCCAACUUGGUGAUCCCACAAUUAAUGCCCUGGAACUCUGGGGUGCUGAGUACCAAGAAAACGAUGCAAUUCUAUGCAAAUUUGAGGAUCGUUCCCUCUUGGAGAGUAUAUGUAAAAGAGAACGUUGCCACAUCAGUUUUGUGGGUGUUGUGACGGGAGAUGGUCGUGUUACUCUAAUUGAAAGUGAUGCUGAUUUUGAAAAGGUGCUCAAUGAAAACUUUGAUCGUACACAGUUGGGACCUGUGCCAUUUGACCUGGAAUUGAAACAUGUCUUGGGUGAUAUGCCCAAACGGGAAUAUCAAUUACAACGUAUUACCAAUAAUUUGGCUCCAUUACAGUUUGACAAGAAUUUCGACGUGGCCAAGAGCUUGGAAUUGGUUCUAAGUUUGGUAUCUGUGGGCAGUAAACGUUAUCUGACCAACAAGGUUGAUCGUUGUGUGACCGGUUUAAUUGCCCAACAACAAUGUGUGGGACCAUUGCACACGCCAUUGGCUGAUUUUGGUUUGGUGACGGUGUCGCAUUUUAGCAAGGAAGGUAUUGCAACGUCGUUGGGUACCCAACCCAUUAAGGGAUUGUUGGAUGCGGGGGCCAUGGCUCGCAUGAGUGUGGCGGAGGCCCUGUCGAAUUUAGUUUUUGUAAAGAUUACAGAGUUGGCUGAUGUUAAGUGUUCCGGAAAUUGGAUGUGGGCUGCAAAAUUGCCCGGCGAGGGAGCUCGUAUGUUUGAUGCCUGUAAGGAAAUGUGCAGCAUUAUGAAAGAACUGAGAAUUGCUGUUGAUGGUGGCAAAGAUUCUCUUUCCAUGGCAGCGAAGGUGAGACGCCAAACAGUUAAAUCACCUGGUACAUUGGUUAUUUCCACUUACGCCCCUUGCCCCGACGUUAGUGUCAAGGUAACACCAGACAUUAAGGGACCUGCUGAGGGAAAGGAUACUGUCUUGCUUUGGAUCAAUAUUGAAAAUAAAUUCCGUUUGGGUGGCAGUGCUCUGGCCCAGGCCUAUGGUCAACAGGGCAAUGAGUGCCCUAAUUUGUUGAACUCUCAAAUUUUGGUAAAUGCCUUUAAUGUUACCCAAGAAUUGCUGGGCGAGGGAAAAUUAUUGGCCGGCCAUGAUAUCAGUGAAGGUGGCCUGUUUGUUUGUGUACUUGAAAUGGCAUUUGCUGGUUUGUCUGGCUUAGAUGUGGAUCUCACAGAUGCUUUGAGCCGUAUAUCAUUGGAAAAUGUUGAUUCAUCAGCGAAAACACACCCAGAACUGGCUGUACUCUAUGCUGAAGAAUGUGGCUGGGUGUUGGAAGUUGAGACAAAACAUGCAUCGGAAGUUCAACAGAGGUUCAGUGGGCUAAAUGUUCCAAAUUAUUUAAUUGGUCAACCCAAGGCCUUUGGUUUGGAUAAGACCAUUAAAGUGACGGCAAAUGGAAAAACGUUGAUUAAAAACACCGUAAGGACAUUGUUCCAACAAUGGGAACGUAUUAGCUUUGAAUUGGAAAAGCUGCAGGCAAAUGCCGACUGUGCCAUUGAGGAGUUCAAUACGUUGGAAUAUCGUACGGGUCCCAAAUAUGAGUGUCCCGUAGAUUUGUCUUCGGAAUUGGUCUUGCAACGAGCCGCCAAAACGGUGACUGUUGCUGUGCUCCGCGAAGAGGGGGUGAACAGUGAUCGUGAAAUGAUUGCUACCCUGAUGAAAGCUAAUUUUGAUGUCCACGAUGUAACCAUGUCGGAUUUGUUGAGUGGCAAAACAACAUUGGAUCGCUAUCGUGGUCUCGUUUUCCCCGGUGGUUUCAGUUAUGCUGAUACCUUGGGUUCGGCCAAGGGUUGGGCAGCAAACAUUAUGUUCAGCGACCUGUUGGCUCCACAAUUUUCAGCAUUUAAAAAACGCCAAGAAACCUUCUCUUUGGGCAUUUGCAAUGGUUGUCAAUUGAUGAGUUUAAUUGGUUGGGUGGGAACCAGCAAUGAUACCUCCAAACAAGAAGUCAUAUCCAAACCAGAUGUGGCCCUGUUGCACAAUAAAUCGGAACGCUUUGAGUGUCGUUGGUCCAGUGUGCGCGUGGCCAACAGUAAGGCCAUGAUGUUAAGUAAACUCCAGGGUUCCGUAUUGGGUUGUUGGGUGGCCCAUGGAGAAGGCCGCUUCUCAUUCCGUGAAACUGGCAUAUUAAACAACUUGAAACAACAAAAAUGUGUUGCUCUGCAUUAUGUUGAUGAUGAUGGUAAGGCUACAGAAACGUAUCCCAUGAAUCCAAAUGGCAGUACCGAGGGCAUAGCUGGUCUGUGUUCGGAAGAUGGUCGUCAUUUGGCCUUGAUGCCACAUCCAGAACGUUGUCAUGCCAUGUAUCAAUGGCCAUAUGUUUCACCUGGUUUCAAUGUCAAGAGCCAAGCCAGUCCAUGGCAGGUUAUGUUCAACACGGCCUACGAAUGGUGUACAAGUUAGAGUGAUGCUGCCGAAGCGACGCUGUACUGACAGUCAACAAAGAAACACUUUUUUGUACAAUAUAUUUUUUUCUUUUGCUCUCAGCUAUCAUAACAAUAAAAAACAUUAUCUUUACCUAUA